AUGUCAGCUGAGAAGAUUCCGACGAUCUUCAUAUUCGGAGAUUCCAUAGUUGAUGUCGGAAACAACAAUUACAUCAACACAUUAGCCAAGGCAAUGUUUCCAAAUGGAAUAGACUUUUGCAAGAACUGUCUCUCUGGGAGAUUCACUAACGGUAGAACGGUGAUUGAUAUCUUAGAACAGCGUUUGGGUGCCAAAGAUUUCAGGCCUCCAUAUUUGGCUCCUAAUACCACAGGCGACGUCGUUUUAAGAGGUGUAAAUUACGCAUCUUCUGGUUCUGGAAUUUUGAACGACACUGGAUUAAUCUGGGGUGGGCGUAUUAGCUUAGAUGAACAAAUCAGUAACUUCAAGGAAACUAAGGCAAGAAUUGUCUCAAUAAUCGGCAGACGUGAGACUAAAAGGCUGCUUAAACAUCAAUCAUUGUUCAUCGUUGUUACUGGUUCAAAUGAUUUCUUUUUGGGGAAAGAAAUGAUAUCUGAUGGGUCGUUUUUAAGUUCGAAAUUUGAAUCUCAACUUAGAAAACUUUAUUAUUUGGAAGCUAGAAAAAUUAUUGUGACAAAUAUUCCAAGAUUUGGGUGCACACCUUUUGAAAGAGACAAAAAUCCAAAUGCCAAAGGCUGCAUUGCUUCGUUUAACGAGGAUAUCAGUUCAUACAACAAAAGAUUGAAGAGGCUACUUAUGGAUCUUACUGCCAAUCUCACUGCUUCAACCUUUGUUUAUGCAGAUAUUCAUGCAAUGCUUAAAGAUAUCCUCCAGAAUCAUCGAUCUUACGGAUUUGAAAACUCGGACGAUGCAUGUUGUCACAAAGUCGGAGUUCAUGGGGGUCUACUCCCAUGCUUUUCAUUAUCCAAAAUUUGUUCAAAUCGAACCAAAUAUGUAUUUUGGGAUGCAUUCCAUUUGACAGAAACCAGUAAUGUGAUCGUAGCGAGCCACAUGAUGGACGGAGGCCUGAAGUUCAUGUCCCCGAUGAACAUCCGACAAUUAGUGUAUUCUUCAACUGUUCAUCCCGAUGAUUAG